AAUAUCUUGUGCUCGCUCUCGGAGAUUGUGGGUGUUGAUACCGGGCUCGCGGAGAGUCCUGCGUAUUGGGCACGUACUCUGCUUGUAACAGGGCUCGUCCCUCUGUAACCCGGACGGGGUCCUGGGGCUUCCGACUUCCUCUAGGGAGGCGAGUGAUGCUUGGAAGGUGCCCUGUUUUAUCCGGACGUUCUGCGUCAGAUUCUUUAGGAGACCUGGAAAUAUGAGCAACAAGAAACUAAGACGAGUGGGUUUAUCUCCAGAGCUGUGUGACCGUUUAAGCAGAUAUCAGAUUGUUAACUGUCAGGACUUUUUACGUCUUUCCCCCCUAGAACUUAUGAAAGUGACUGGCCUGAGUUAUAGAGGUGUCCAUGAGCUUCUGCACACAGUAAGCAGGGCCUGUGCCCCACAGAUGCAAACGGCUUAUGAGUUAAAGACACGAAGGCUUGCACAUCUCUCACCAGCAUUCCUAUCUACUACCCUUUGUGCUUUGGAUGAAGCUCUGCACGGUGGUGUGCCUUGUGGAUCUCUCACAGAGAUUACAGGUCCACCAGGUUGCGGAAAAACUCAGUUUUGCAUAAUGAUGAGUGUCUUAGCUACAUUACCCACCAGCCUGGGAGGAUUAGAAGGGGCUGUGGUGUUCAUUGACACAGAGUCUGCGUUUACUGCUGAGAGACUGGUUGAGAUUGCAGAAUCCCGUUUUCCACAGUAUUUUAACACUGAGGAAAAGUUGCUUCUGACCAGCAGUAGAGUUCAUCUUUGCCGAGAACUCACCUGUGAGGGACUUCUACAAAGGCUUGAAUCUUUGGAGGAAGAGAUCAUUUCGAAAGGAGUGAAGCUUGUGAUUGUUGACUCCAUCGCUUCUGUGGUCAGAAAGGAGUUUGACCUGCAGCUGCAAGGCAACAUCAAAGAAAGGAACAAAUUUUUGGGCAAAGGAGCAUCUUUACUGAAGUACCUGGCUGGGGAGUUUUCAAUCCCAGUUAUCUUGACGAAUCAAAUUACGACCCAUUUGAGUGGAGCCCUCCCUUCUCAAGCAGACCUGGUGUCUCCGGCUGAUGAUUUGUCCCUGUCUGAAGCAAUCAAAGGACGCCUUGCAGGAGUUGGUUGUCUGCCUCUACCAUGGGGAGCCCAGGGAUCACAUUCAGGCACUUCUGGACCCAGCUGUUUGGUAGCCGCACUAGGAAACACAUGGGGUCACUGUGUGAACACCCGGCUGAUUCUCCAGUACCUGGAUUCAGAGAGGAGGCAGAUUCUCAUUGCCAAGUCCCCUCUGGCUCCCUUCACCUCCUUUGUCUACACCAUCAAGGGGGAAGGCCUGGUUCUUCAAGGCCAAGAAAGGCCAUAGGGAUACUAUGACCUUUGUCUAGUGCUGAUGGGAUGUGAUUUGUGAAAUGAAACAGGACUGUGCCGCUUGGAAAAAGGAAACGGAAGCCAACAUAAUGAGGAUUAAUUGGUUGGUUGCUGUUGAGAUGGUAACAGUGAUUUCAGACCCGGAAGGGAAGGUGAAGACGAAGAAGCCCUUUGUGCAGUCUCGAGAUGUGGAGGGUGGGCUCCACCGCCGUGGGACUCCACUGUCCUCGUUGUCGGGCGUCAGCAACCAUAACAAUAAUUUGCACUUGCACAGCACCUUUCAACCAUGCACCUCAAAGUGGUUUAGCCACAUUAAUUAAUUAAAGCCCACAAUCCCCCUAGGGAGAGGAGGAGGGGGACUAACAAGAUUUGUAAUUACAGAAGGGAACAUUUCCGAAUAAAGUAUUGUCCAGCAAAUAAAAAGAAUAGGUGUACAACGAACCGGGGGUCUCCAAAGAGACUGAAUCACAAAUGAAAUAUUGAAACCAUGGGGGAAACUGAAGGCGGCCGUGGACAUGGGGGUCUGCUGUCGUGUCAGAGGGAGGUCGGUGGCCUCAGAACUCACUGACAGGCUCAGACCUCACUUCGAAGCAGAGCGUGCAUGGUAUUAGUGUUGUUUGGAAGGUCAUUAGUGGUGUAACUAUUGUAAGUAUAUUGUGCAUAGCCUUGCAGAACAAAGAGUAAGAUUCUUGCAGUAUUUAAUAAAGGAUGAAGUGAUUUCUUUAGAGCUGAAACCCAAAGCUGGGCCACUCAAUUAGCAAAUAAAUCAAUUGGUGACCCAUGGGGCAAUUCAGUCCUUUCCCUCCGAUGCCCAGCCUACCAGUUCCCACUGCCCCGAGGCUCCUAGCUGAAGUAUCAGAUUGAACUGAUUCAGUGUGCAACGUUUGGGAGGGCAGGCGCUUACGCCUCUUCAGAGUCAAAGUUUGAAUCUUCCCAGGGCUGGCAAGGUGGCUCAGCCUGCAAGGUUACUUGCCACUAUGCCUGACGACCUGAAUCCAAUACCCAGAGCCCACACCUCAGACAGAAAGAGCCGGCUCCCCAAGGAUGUCCACUGGCCUCUACACAUGCACAGUGCAUGUACCAAAAAGAACAGAAGACAGGGGAAGAGAAAGAAAAGAAAGAAUAAGUAUAAAAUGAUUUUAUUUUUAUUAAGACAUGGCCUCACUAGAUAGCCCUGGCCUGAAACUUACUGUAUAGACAAGGCUCUCUAAACCCCAUCUACUUCCUGAGUACUGGGAUCGAAGGCAUAUGCCACUGUGCCCAACUAUAAAAAGAAAAAAAAAUUUAACAACAAUCUUUCCAGCCUCUGGCAAUCUAUCAUCUAGGUUGAUAGUGACCCCAGACUGUAGAAUCACUUUGAGCCUGCUCCCCCUUCAGAGAUUUUAAAUUUCAUAGGAGCCAGAGUAAGGAUCAUAUCUUGCUCCCCGCCUCCCACUGCUGCGUGAAAGAGUGCUGUGCAAAAAUCGAGGUGAGGGCAGCACAGGCUGCCCCUGCCAAUAAGUUAGGAAUUGCUCAGUGGAUAACACUAUAAAGUGGGGCUGGAGAGGUGUCUCAGCAGUUAAGAACACUGACUGCUCUUCCAGAGGUCCUGAGUUCAAAUCCCAGCAACCACAUGGUGGCUCACAAUAGUCUGUAAUGGGAUCUGAUGCCCUCUUCUGGUGUGUCUGAAGAGAGCAACAGUGUACUCACAUAAAGUAAAUAAAUCUUAACAACAACAACAAAACAAUAUAAAGUAACAGAAGAUAGGCUCCCUU